AUGGACUUUGUCAAUGAGCUCAACCACUUUACGAUGUAUCGGGAGAAGAACGAGAGCUUCAACUCUGGCUAUCUCUACAAAUACGCCCUACCAUUCGAAGGGGUUCCCCAGCACGUGGAGCUGACACUAUGGUUCCAAGACCACUGGUACCACUCGAUCACAAUUUCUGUUGUCUACUAUAUCGUCGUAAGGAUAACACAACGGGGGAUGGAGAAACGAGCCCCGUACCGGCUCGACAGGGCGUUGUUCUUUUGGAAUUGCUCUCACGCGCUGUACAGCAUCGUGGCUUUUCUGAGGAUGAGCGAGGACUUUGCUCACUCGGCUUCGCAAUCAUUCUACGAUCUCGUUUGUCGCAGCGUCGUCCCGCACGAUGUGGCCGCGUUCUGGUCGGUCACGUUUGGGAUGAGCAAGGUAGCCGAGUUUGGCGACACGCUGUUCAUCGUAUUGCGGAAGAGGCCGCUCAUCUUUCUGCACUACUACCACCACGCUGCCGUGCUCGUGUACGCCAUCCAUUCCGGUUCCGGGCACAAUGCCACUGGGCGUGUGUUUAUGAUGAUGAACCUUUUUGCGCAUGCGUUGAUGUACACCUACUUUGCGGUCAAGGCGAAACAGGUGAACGUGCCCCGCUGGGUGGCAAUGGGGGUGACGACCGUGCAGACGAUUCAAAUGCUAGCCGGGGUUGCCGUCAGUAUCUUUGUCUGGUGGGCGAUGAGGGCGAGGGCGUGGAAAUGCCAGCAGUCCACCGCCAACCUUUAUCUCGCCUUUUUCCUCUACGCAACGUUUGCCGUGCUGUUCGUGCAGUUUUUCUGCCGGACCUAUCUAAAGCCGCGUGAGAAGGAGGCGAAAAAGAUGGAU